CGGGUCCAGGGAGGGACGCGGAAGCGCCAGGCUCCGGGGGCGGAGAAGUCUUCAUGGGUUUGAGGCGGCGGCGGCCGAGCGACGGCCUGUCCUGGAGAGUCGGGGCGCUCGGCGGAUAGGAUCACUUGGUCAGUCGGCAAUGGAGAGCGGGGUGAGCGCGGGCGGCCAGGCCCCGAGCCCGGGCCUGGGGCUCCACCGCUUCCCGAACGGGUGCACCCCUCUUAGCCACCAGGUCGCCGGACACAAGUAUGGGAAAUCGGAGCUGGGUAUGUUACAACAUCCAGAUGGGACGGUAUUAAAACAGUUGCAACCACCUCCUCGUGGACCCAGAGAGAUGAAUUUCUACAACAUGGUAUUUGGUUCUUCGUGUCAUGAUCCGGCAUUCUUGGAACUUCGUAAAUUCCUGCCACAGUUCCUUGGUACCUGGGCACCAACAACUGCACCUAAUGAACUGUAUCUUAAACUGGAAGAUGUGACGCGUUGUUUCAGCAAACCAUGCAUCAUGGAUGUUAAAAUUGGGAAGAAGAGUUAUGACCCCGAUGCUUCAGCUGAGAAAAUACAACAACAGAUCAGCAAAUACCCACUGAUGGAAGAAAUCGGCUUCUUGGUACUUGGCAUGAGGGUCUACCAGUUUUCAUCUGAUAGCUAUGUGGCAUAUGAUCAGCACUAUGGAAGAGGCUUAACAAAGGAAACUUUGAAAGAUGGUCUGUCUAAAUUCUUCCACAAUGGAAGCUACUUGAGGAAAGAUGCUGUGGCUUCAAGUAUUCAAGAGAUUAAAAAGAUACUGCACUGGUUUGAGAGGCAAAGUGAGCUCUGUUUCUAUGCAAGCUCCUUACUGUUUGUGUAUGAGGGAUCACCUGAGCUGAGAGCGACAGGUAACAAAGCUGACAAACCAGCAGCACCAAAGGGUAUACGGAGAACUGGAGAGCUGAUGGAAUACAACAACAACAUUCAUGUGAUGGAUUCUACUGAGAACGGAAUAGUGGAAGCCUCGGUUGGUCAAAGCCUCUCCAAUAUGUAUGCACUUCACAGGAAGGGCUGCUUCCGGGCACACCAAAGUGUGGUCCCACUACAGCUGAAGAAUACCGAACAAGACCAUGGGAUAUGCAAAUGCUUAAAUCUCAUUCCACCUGGUCAGCCAAAUGGCAAUGAAACAAAACCAUUGGACAAAGAUUUCAUUCAUGCAUCGAGCAUGUUUCCAGAGCCUCCAGAAGUUGCUGUAAGAAUGAUAGACUUUGCACAUGUGUUUCCUAGCAACACAAAAGAUGAAGAGUAUAUAUAUGGGCUGAAACACUUAAUCAGUGUGUUACAAAAUAUGCUGGAUGAUUAAUUUUUAAAAAAAUAUUGGUGGGUAGAUUGUUGGCAAGCAAAUAAAUGCAGGGGAAUUAUAUUGAUUUCUGCACAAGUUCUGAUCCAUCAUUUUGUGUUUAUAAUGUGAUUCCAGGUGUACUGUUUGCUUCUUUCACUGUACAGUACUACUUGUGAUUGAUUUGAUGUUUAUAAUAGCUCAGGAAAAUUUAUCAACUCAUCAUUGACAGCCGCUGAAACAGGGCCAGAAACCUGCAGAGGGCAGCUCACGCCUCAUAACUACUGACAAGGAAAUUUAUGAGUUCCCGCUGUUUGUAACAAACCCACAGACUUCAGUGAUGAUAAUUGGUUUUUCAGAUAUGUAACCAACUGCCUGCCAAUCCUAGGCAUAGAACUUGUGCCUAUGGAAUAAUUCUAUCUUCAGUGAAGACCAGGUUAGUCAGACUUUUGAUUGUUUUGAGGAUGUUGCUGCCACUUUUCUGAGAUGUGUAUUUUACUAGCCUUUUUUUACAGUUGAAUUCUUGCAAUUCGUAUAAAAUGUUUAAUAUAAAAUGUCGGUUGUCUCUGAUGCAUUCAGCUGAAAUCCAUGGAGUAUUGCAAUGGCUUGUUAAUUUAUGAAUGUAAUGAAAGCUAAUGCAAAAUAUCACCAGUGAGUGAGUCACCUGGUUACCCAUUUGCAAAGAUUUUCUGCUGUCUGGAACAACACAUGCAUGUUAAACAGAUAUAUUUUAAAGUGCUUUUCCUUUUUUUUAAAAGUCUAUUAGUAGUCAAAACCUACGAUGAGGGAGGAAAAGACAAUACUUUGUGGUGCAGGCCAUCCAUCUACAGCCUUCUGUUGAAGUUCAACUUGUAACAUUAAAAUACUCCACCAAAAUUGUAAUCAGUCGUAGUCCCAGUGCUUGUUUUUCUUCAAAAUGAGCAUGCUUUGACUUGUUCACAACCCCUUUUGUAUGUGCUAGCAGUGCUUUAUCUUGUUAAUUAUUUCCAAAGUUAUUUUUUGAACACUCAGUUUACCAAGUUAUUGAUAUUGUUUCCUCAAGUUAGCCUCUGGGCUAAGGUAUGUUGGUAUUUACUUUUUAUAAAACUGGUACAAAGGGAAUUGGUGCAUUGGGCCAACCACGUGUGUAAGAAUUUUCAUUACAUGAACACUAAACUUUGGGGAUCAAUAACUAAUAGUCUCUUUGACAUGUCUUUAAGUAAACAAGAAACUGCACUCACAAAAAAAUAUAUGUACCAAUACUGACUUGUGGCUCCAAUAAGAUAGCCUUCAUCUUUACUAAUCAGAUGGCCUAUUUCAUUUCAAAUAUUUGCAUCUGGAUGGUGGGAAAUAUUUGAUAAAUUUUUACAAGAUUAAAAAUAGCCAAAUUCUUGACAUGGAUCAAGAUGUGUAUUUCAGAAUAACACAUGGGCACUAAAAUGCAAACUUUUUGUGUAAUUCUUAAAAAUGCACUAGAUAUUGAAAUUUUGUGUUCCUUUCAUUUAUCAUUUACAUUUGCACAGACCGAUAUACUAUCAAUAUACUUUUAAAGAUUUUUCAUUUAUUUUAAUUUCUAUUGCUUUGCCAGGUUCAUAGGGUGAAUUUUGUGACAUUAAAUGUGGAGUGAAAAUGUGGUAGAAGUGAGUAAUGCAUGUGGAGAUUAUGUUAGUCAUAUAAAUGUAUUUAUCGAAUAAUGUGUGCUUUUUCUAAAAACAAAGUUAUUUCUGUAAUAUUUUUUAAUUGUAUACUAUGCUUUUUUGUAUGUUUGUUAACAGAAGUUUACAUAAUUCAGCUGUACAUUUCUUAUAGAACAUAUUACAUCUCUUUGAACGAUUGACUAUUUAUCCAGGCUUCAAAAAAAUUAAUACUUCUAGUCUUAAUUCUUUGAUGUUAUUCAAUUAUUUUCUUACCCAAGGUAUAAAAAAAAUUCUUGGAGUGAUACAUUCCUCUGAACAAGAAUGGGCAUCCAAAUUGAGUGGUGGGUGAAAGGUGAGAAAAUAGGAACUGCAGGGUAUUUUUUGUGUAAAACAUAAUUUCAGUUAUUUCUUUAUCUAGACAGUUAAGUACAAGAAAUGCUGCUACAAAAUACUACAUUGGGAAUAUGAAGUUUUACUUAAUUUUUCUCUCAUAAUUUUGCUUGCUUUGCUACUGAUUUUAUUGUUUUUUAUAUUUUAAUGUUGAUUUCAGCCUCCCUUUCUUCCCACCUACCCCUCUGCCCCUCAAACUUCCUAUUAUACCAAUCAUUUCAUUCUCCAUUUGUAGUCAGGAAUUGGACUUUGCUUGCUGUAAGUUUGAUCAGAGGCUGGUGAGUUUUGAAGGCAUCACCUUUGGAUUGAUCCUUUAGAAAAACCUGAUGGACAAGCUUGGGUAUUUGUUUAUGAAGGGUCUUUUUUAAUAUCCUUUCAAUCUGUUUAAAAUAAAGUAUUCCUUGAUUUAGUUACCUCAUUUUUAAAAUUGAUUUUUUAUGACCUCGGCUUUAAAGUAUAGCAUAAUUGCUUGAAUACAAUUUAUAAUAAAGAAUUAUGAUUCCCAAUGAACCUACAUCUGAUUGAAUUAGCAAGGGGAUAGACGGCUAAAGAAAGGCUUCACUUAGCCAACACCAGUAUUAGCUGGAGAAGUUGGUCUUUCCAUUAUACUUUCCUUAUCUGUAGGAAUAUAUUCCAUUCAUUUAAGAAUUCCAAAUGAUGCGAUUUGUCAUCUCAUAUUGGUCUAUUAUGCAAGUAAUAUCACUGUAUUUCUUUGUGUUUUGCUCUUCAGGGUCAUAUUGUUUAAAGCAAGUUUAAGAAGCAUAGGAAAUGUGUAAUCAAGUGCCAGUAAACAUUCUAAUUCAUUAUCUUGGACAAAAUUGUUUAAAGUCCUUGCACUUUGGGCUAUAAAUUUUAUUGGAACCUAGCAUACAAUGCAACCAGUAAAUUAAAGAAACGUGUUUACAAAUUACACCAAACAACUACUGAAAUUUUACUUCUCUGCUGGAUGUGGUAUAUUUUACAUGGAUGGGGAUUUUGUAGCCCAACUUAAUUUUUAUGUUGAAGGUUAUUAAAUAUAAUAGGAUUCUGUGGAUUAUUAGGAUUUCAGUACAAAUCUACAUUCAUUCACAUGAUAAUCUGGAAAAAAAGAUAGGUUUUCUUCCACCUGGCAUCCCUGAGCCCAAUAUGUUUUUGUCCCCAGAUCAAAGAUUUUUGCAAAAACAGUUGAACUCUCCAUAGAAGCUUCACUGCAGUGAGCAAAACAUCCAAUGUAUGGCUGUUUGCUUUUUGCUACUGUUGCAGAAGACUUUAAAUAUUUGAACAGUUGUGGUCAUACGAUGUUCAUUAAUGUCUUCUACUGUGUCAGAAAUUCUGCAUUUGCUAUUCUCAUAUUCAGUCGGUGAAAUGGUAGAAAGGCCUUACUGAGUGUGAACUAUACCACUUACAAAAUCACCACCCCUAACGUUCUGUGAGGUAUUCCUUCAGUAUCAUUAAUAUUGAAGACAGCAUUGCAAUGUGCAGAAUGGAAUUUUUUGGUAUUCUCUCAAGAUACCUCAGAAAUUACUAUUAUAACAGGUAUUUUGGAGAAAAAAGGAUAAUGUAUGUAUAUUUCAGUUGUUAAAAAUGGUGUGUUUGGCAAGGUGAAAAGUAUGGCAAUAACAUGUAAAAUGUAGAUUAUAUGGCAUCUUUUGACUGGCUACAAUAUUUGGCGUUUCAUAUUUAAAAUGCUUUACAGUUUCUUGUCUUUUGGUGAAAUUAUCAAUAAGCCACAUUCUUACAGACCAUCUUGAUUAAUCUUGGUCACUGUUCACAUUAAUCAAUGCUUUUUGUACUAUUUCAUGUAUGUGCUGCAGCAUAAUUUUUAUCUUUGUGUAAACCAAUAAUGAAUACAAAUGCUACUUUUUCCACAGUGGCAGAUAUGACACUGAAGCUCCAUUCACUUUUCUUUAUACUAAAAGAGGAUUGGGGUGAAGUUGGGUUGCCAUUUUCAUUAGUGCACACUUGUUUAUAUUGAAGCAUGCUAUCAAACAGAGAUCGAUGUACGAACCAGAUCCAAGUUUGAUUUCUGCUCAACCUGUUGCAAAUGGUAGCCUUCUGCAAUGUACCAGAGAGCUGUGAAACAAGGCUGUUAACUUAGGUUGGAGUGCAGCCUUGGUGGGAUCUGUGGGUUUGAGAGCCAAGAUGUGAGUGGCAUCCUCUUCCUACAGUAUUCGUAAUAAAAUGAGGAAUUUAUUGUCAUGUGAAAAGAACAAAACUUUCCUCCUUAAUGUUGACUUCUCAAAACUGGACACCUAAAUUUGAACAGAGGACAGUAUACUCAAACAACAGGAAUUCUGCAGAUGCUGGAAAUUCAAGCAACACACAUCAAAGUUGCUGGUGAACGCAGCAGGCCAGGCAGCAUCUGUAGGAAGAGGUG